AUGCUUGAUGGGUCAAGCCCCCAGGCUGGCAAAAUCUGGAAGAAGGCUAAUCUUACCUUCUCCUAUGAUGGCAAGAAGAUGACAGAAACCUUCCUCAUCUGUAACACUAGAUCACAUGCAGCUAUCUUAGGAUUGAAAUGGUUAGAUGCCCAUAACCUGGAAAUUGAUUGGAACACCCACACAUUGUCCUUCCCUCACACUCCCCCAGAACAUGUGGCCAUUGCAGAAGAGGAAGAAGCUGACAAAGACCCACUGAAUGGAGUACCCCCCAAAUAUCACCAAUACACAAAGGUAUUUGGGGAAGAAGAGUUCAAUAAGCUUCCCCCUCAUAGGCACUACAACAUUGGAAUUGAACUUACAGAGGAAGGCCCCUUAAACUCUCCCCUAUAUAGUAUGACUGAUGCCAAAUCUGCCACACUCAAGGAUUGGCUCAGGGAUGAGUUGAAGGCCAGAAAGAUCUGUCCCAUUAAAUCUUCCAUCAGUUCCCCUGUCAUGUUUGUUUCCAAAAAGGAUGGUUCCCGCCAAUUGGUUGUUGACUACUGCUGCUUGGAUAACCAGACCAAGAAGAAUGUUUACCCACUACCCCAUCCCAACAACCUCAUGGCCCAGCUCUGUGGUGCCAAGGUCUUCACAAAGUUAGAUCUACAAUGGGGCUACAAUAAUGUCUGGGUUAAGGAAGGCAACAAAUGGAAAACUGCAUUCUGCACCAAAUACAGUCUUUACAAAUAUUUGGUCAUGACUUUUGGCCUUACCAACACCCCUGCAUCUUUCCAACACUUCAUGAACAAAUUGUUCAAGGAUCUAUUGGAUGUAUGCAUCAUCAUCUACCUGGAUGAUAUCCUGAUCUACUUGAAGGAUGAUGCAACACACUCCCAACAUGUCCAUGAAGUAUUGAAACAGCUAAUGGAAAACCAACUAUUCUGCAAGGCAUCAAAAUGCACCUUCCAUGUUGUUAAGAGUUGUAACUAG